CAAGUGUGGGCUGCCGGCCGCACGCGCAACCACCCUCCACCACUCGAAAAGGAAAAUUUACCGUACCUGUCGGGGUACACAACUGUCACACAAUUCUACAGGAUUGCCGUAUAGACUCCCAAAUAGCAUACAUUUCCGCUUUCGGAGGCAAGGUUCGUGUGGACGAUGCGCUGGUACUAUAUUCACAAUUCAAGGAUAAAUCCGCAGCCAUGAUUCAAUACAUACAUGCGAUUCUCGACGUGAGAUGGUAA